AUGGAUUCCGACGACAGCGUGUGGGAGCCUGUCUCCGAAGGGUCAAGCGCAGAGUCAAGUACUGAAGAGGUUCAGGAUGGACUGUCGGACGAGGUGUCUCUGGAUGAGAUUGCUGAGGACAGAAGCAUCAAUUUGUGUGGCGAGGACGUUCACGACAAAGUGGUCGGCUUAAUCCUGCGAGACAAGUGCAACGAUCGUUUCCUCCAGGGGAAGGCUGCUGAACUUGAGGAUUUCCUCCGAUCGACAUCAAACAUGACCGCCCAGGAGAAAAGCAGAGCGUUCUGA